UGUGGUCUUUAGUUGAAAUUUCUCACUGGUCGCAUUCAGUUCUCAUCUCAGUUACUAAAAUAAAAAAGUUAUCAUGAAGCUUUUGGUAUUGUGUGUAAUGCUCAUUGGGUUGAUUGUCAGCUGCUUUGCAUUAAAAAAUGAUGUGUGCAGUCAGCCCCAUUCCCGAAAUGGCGAUGGACGAAUUUCAUGUGAAGCUUAUAUACCCAGGUGGAGCUUCGAUGCGAAUGCUAACGAAUGCGUUAAAUUCAUCUAUGGAGGCUGUGGAGGCAAUGACAAUAGCUUUGACACCAAGGAGAUCUGUGAGGAGAAGUGCUUGGAAUAAACGGCUAUGACUCACUGAAUGAUAGUUCAACAUAGAAUGACAAGAAUCCAACUUAAUAUAAUACAGUUUUUAAACGCCUUUCUGCUCUUAUUUCAUUAAGAGAUCUUUGAUUUAAAAGCUUAAAAAACCUUUACCCUAUACCUAUGUACCCUUAGAUAUCUUGUAAAGACAUAUAUCAAACUUCCCCACCCUA